UUGUUGUCGUCCGGCGCCUGAGGAGACGGGUCGGUGGCCGCCGCUAGCCAGGGCAGUGCGGGCUCUGUCGGUCGCUCCGCCCCGGUUAGCCGGGGACAUGUCGAGGCGGGCGGAGGCCUGGCGGGCCGCGGCGAGGAGUCGGACGGCGGCCGAGGCGGAGACGCCCUGCUCGAGCUUUCCCCGCCCGCUGUGCCGCUUACAGGCGCCCAGGGAGUGAGGGAGCCGCCGCCGCGGGGAGACCGGCCGGGACUGAGCCAGGGAGACGCGAGCAGUACCAGCUUUGCAGCAGCCGUGGCACUGGGAGUUGCUCUGGAGCCGAAGGUGGGACAAUGAAGCUGUUAGAGAACUCCAGUUUUGAAGCAAUAAACUCUCAGCUGACAGUGGAGACGGGAGAUGCUCACAUCAUUGGCAGGAUCGAGAGUUACUCCUGUAAGAUGGCGGGCGAUGACAAGCACAUGUUUAAGCAGUUCUGCCAGGAGGGCCAGCCACAUGUUCUUGAAGCGCUGUCACCCCCUCAGACCACGGGGAUUAGCCCCAGCAGGCUCAGUAAAAGCCAGAGUGGAGACGAGGAGGGGCCACUGAGUGACAAGUGCAGCCGCAAGACCCUCUUCUACCUGAUCGCUACCCUCAACGAGUCCUUCCGGCCCGACUACGACUUCAGCGCUGCCAAGGGCCAUGAGUUCAGCAGGGAGCCGAGCCUCAACUGGGUGGUGAAUGCUGUGAAUUGUAGCUUGUUCUCAGCAGUCCGGGAGGACUUCAAAGCCCUGAAGCCUCACUUGUGGGAUGCUGUGGAUGAGGAGAUCUGUCUGUCGGAGUGUGACAUCUACAGCUACAACCCAGACCUGGACUCGGACCCCUUCGGCGAGGAGGGCAGCCUCUGGUCCUUCAACUACUUCUUCUACAAUAAGAGGCUGAAGAGGAUUGUCUUCUUCACCUGCCGCUCCAUCAGCGGGUCCACGUACCCUCGCUCAGAGUCAGGGAAUGAGCUGGACAUGGAUCUCGGUGAAGAAGACCAGGAGGGGAGCAUGGAUGCCUAUGACAAGGAAAGCAGCAAUAUCGAGGACCGGGUGCAGGUUAUCUGCAUGUGAGUGUCCAGAUGAGCUCCAAGAAGUACUCAGCCCUGCUGAGCCAGCCUUCCAGUCUUCAGUCCAUCAGCAUUGAGGAUGGGCCAGCCCUGGCCAUUGUGUGAACUACCCCAUGCAUAGAGCCUGCAGCCCUGCUCUGCUCUUUGGCGCCGGGGGCUUCAGAGUGCCCCAGCAUCUGCCCCACAGCACUGCAUGUGGAAAGCAGCUGGUGCCUCUGGGCUGCAGACGUCCUCCAGCUGCAGGUGCUGCCCCAGAGCCCGUUCCCUCCAGACACGUGCUGCGUGAUUGGUCAGCAGAGGCUACGCUCUCAGUGCCGGCCUGGGCUCCGGCUCGCCAGACGCUUGCGCAGGGCCUUUGAGACGCUUCAAUGCACUGUAGGAAUUGAUCUGCUGGCUGCACUGGUCCUGCUCCUGCUGGCUCUGAAGCAGGGCAGGCUGCUCCUCGGGCACUUUCCCUUACCAAUGGCGACCCAUCCACCUCCGUCCGGCCAUAGCAGUGGCAGGGCAUCCUCGCCUCCUGAUCUCCUCUUUCAGAACUGUUGGUGACCCGCGCCUGCUCCCUGUUCUUGGGCGGGUUGCUUGGCCCCCGCUCACCUCACGGACUCAGUUUGCUCUUUUCCAAGGCUGUGGCAGGCGCCUUGCGGCCCCAUGCUGAGCGCUGCUCUCCUGUGCAGACGAACUGGCUGGGAAAUCGAGCUGAGGCCCGCGGGGCUGAUUGGUGGGUUGGUUUUUAAACCACAGACGACGUUUGGCAUCAGCUGUGCUAGAGCUGGGCAAGAGCGCGGCUGGGCCGGGAAGGGGUGGCUGUUGGGAGCCUGCGCCGCUCUCCGGGAUUUCUGCAGAGCCUGUUUUCGGAGGCUGGGUGCGUGUUGGGAGCUCAGCCCUGUUGACUCUGGUUUGACUGCAUCCUCCUCUCUGUCCCCCUUGGCCGGUUCCCCAGCACUGGCCCUCUGGGCCCGAUGCCAGGCUCCCCCCUGCCCCUGGGAUGAGUAUAUGCUGUCCCAGGGCCAGAGCAGGACUGGGGUGCAGAGCCGCCUGCUCUUCAUGGGCACUGGAGCACAUGUGGGGACUGGGGGGACCUGGCACUAGCGUGGUGUCUGCAGAGGGCAGCAGCACCCGGCCCAGGUCCCUGCAGCUCCUCAGGCCUCACCCGCCCUGGCAGGUUGCACCAGGAUAGCUGCAAACCCCUCGGGGAGAUGUGCUGGCAGAGGGUCUGGGCCCAGCUUCUCUGCAGCAGGGCCAAGGUGGAGAGGGGCCAGCCCAGCACAGUUGGGGCCCCUAGAUCUCAGCCAGCCAGGGAGCUGUGCCCUGCCAGCCUCAGACCUACAGAGGGAGCUGUAGCGGCCCCUGGUUCUGCUGCUGGCCCAUGCACCAGCCUCCUCCCUCGGAGCUGGCUCGUCACCUAGCCCCCUUCACUGCCGGAAUCUGCCACGGGAACGGCGCUGGGGUGAGCCAUGGCUUUCCCUACAGCUAGAGGACGGUGCGGGGAAGCCUGCCUGCCCAGCCAAGGGGGCUGCCAGCUGGCCCCAGAGCCUCCCCUUCCCUGUGGGGCAUUGUCCCUUCACCCAUCCUCCAGGGCCAGCUCAGUGCUCUAAGGGCCAGCAGGUGCCUGUACAUCACUGCUGGUAAGAGCUGUCUUGGCAGGAUCCAUCUGCCUCCUUGGGCCUGCAGGGUGUGCCUGGGGGCCUUGCUGGCCCGGGGAGGAUAUGGGGAAGGGACCCUUACGUCCAAGCGUCCUGUUUUACCCACCUGUAGUCUAAGGAGACUGCUCUCCCUAGCGCUGGGAGCCACGGCUGUAACUGCCUGCCCUUGAGCAGGGAGCCCAUGUGCAUUGACCAUCCCUGCUGGAGUGCCGCAGCCCCGGCUAGGCUCUGGCUGGAGCUCGCAGCAUCGGGGGGCUCGCUGACAGUCGUGCUUGCCUCUGAGCUGUGCCAUGGCUGGUCAUCAGGGUGGAGGCCACCGGCCCAGGCCCGGGCAGCUUGGACUCCUGCCAUAUGCUCAGCAUGGCCUGCAUGGGUGUGUCUGCAGUGGUGCCCGGGCAGAGGGCUGGUGAGCACAGCACGCUCCACAGUGUGACCCGUAUCCAUGGCUGAGAUGGGGCCCUGGCCAGGAACCAUGGGUCCAGAUCCCAGCCCAGCUAUCAAGAACCUGGCAUUCCCGCUCCUGCCUUUGCCCCUAUGUUCACUGGCCCAAGUGGUGCAUAGCUGGCCUCUCGGCAGGGAGCCCCUGCUCUAAGGGGAGGGCACAGCUGCUGUCCCCCUGCACUGCUUUGAGAGCUUGUGCCUCUAGUCUCCUGCACGGGUGGGCAGGGAGCUGGGGCCCGUUUCAUGUUUAAGUCCCUGUGAGGUUUGACUUUACUGCAUAGCAAUGUAUCGUUACACCAAUAAAGUUUAUCUGUGACUGACA